GUGUGUAAUGUGUAUGUAAUUUGAUUUGCUUAAAGCGGGGACUUGAAGAGAGGGCAGCCCAGCGAGGGGGCCCUUAGCGGAGCCACUGGGGUGCUUAGCCAAGAGGAUGCAGGAAAGAGAUGAUAACUUGUCAGCCAUCAGCGGGAUGGAGGUGGACGACCGCAUCUCCUACCUGGAGCAGCGGCUGCAGCUGCAGGAAGAUGAGAUCCAGGUGCUGAAGGCCGCCCUGGCUGAUGUCCUGCGGCGUCUCAGCACCUGCGAGGAGAACGGGCUCAGCCUGCAGAAAAGGGGACCCAGCAAAGUUUACCAGCUGUUGAGGGGUCUGCCUUCCAGGCCUGGCUUGAGCAAUGGGAUCGUCCCCCAGAGGAGGGGCUACUCGACCUCCCCGUCGUCCCCCAAGAGAGAACUGCUUCCUGGGAAAAGCGGGCGAAGCUGCCCUUCUCCAGAGCGCCCAGCCUCCCUCAAGCGCGAGGCCGUCAAGGACCAGAGGAGCAACUCGUGCAGCGGCAAACGCGACGGCAAACCUAAAGAAUCCACCUUCAGCGCUGAGGAUGGUUACGUGAAGAUGUUCCUGCGGGGGCGGCCCAUCCCCAUGUUUGUCCCCGACGCCGUUGUCGCCACCUACAGCCUCGAUGCCAAGCUGGACCUGCCCCAUAAGAAGCUGAAGCUGGACUGGGUCUAUGGGUAUCGGGGCCGCGACUGCCGCGCCAACCUUUUCCUGCUGCCCACGGGGGAGAUCGUGUAUUUCGUGGCCGCCGUGGCUGUCCUCUACAACGUGGAGGAACAGCGCCAACGCCACUACCUGGGCCACAAUGAUGACAUCAAGUGCCUCGCUAUGCAUCCUGACAUGGUCACCAUAGCAACUGGGCAGGUGGCCGGGACUUCGAAAGAUGGCAAGCCGCUGCCUCCCCACGUUCGGGUCUGGGACUCUGUGAGUCUGAACACGCUCCAUGUCCUGGGCCCCGGGCCCUUCGACCGAGCUGUGAGCUGCGUGGGAUUCUCAAAGUCUAAUGGCGGAGGACUCUUAUGUGCUGUCGAUGACUCCAAUGACCACGUACUGUCCGUGUGGGACUGGCAAAAGGAGCAGAAGCUGGUAGACGUGAAGUGCUCCAAUGAGUCUGUGCUGGCCGCAACUUUCCAUCCUACAGAGCCAACGCUACUCAUUACCUGCGGGAAAUCUCACAUCCACUUCUGGACGCUGGAGGGAGGCAGCCUCAGCAAGAGGCAGGGCAUUUUCGAGAAACACGAGAAGCCCAAAUAUGUCCUGUGUGUGGCUUUCACAGAGAACGGGGACACUGUGACCGGAGAUUCCGGGGGGAACCUCUACAUUUGGGGGAAAGGGGGGAACCGGAUUUGCCACGCAGUGCCGGGAGCCCACGAAGGCGGCAUCUUCGGCUUGUGUGUGCUGCGGAACGGGACCAUCGUCACGGGAGGCGGCAGGGACCGCAGAGUCGUGCUGUGGGGCCGGGAUUACCAGAAGCUGCAGGAGAAUGAGGUGCCUGAGGGAUUUGGACCAGUGCGCACCAUCGCGGAAGGAAAGGGCGACUCCCUCUUUGUGGGCACGACCCGGAACUCAGUGCUCCACGGGUCCUUGGCGACCGGCUUCUCCCUCCUAGUUCAGGGACACACGGAAGAGCUCUGGGGCCUGGCCACCCACCCUGCUUUGGACCAGUUCCUGACCUGCGGGCAAGACAAGCAGGUUCACCUGUGGAGCGUGGCCACCCACCAGCCCCUGUGGAGCAAGGGGAUCGAGGAUGCAGCUCGCUCGGCUGGAUUCCAUCCCAGCGGUUCUGUGCUAGUGGUGGGCACCGUAACUGGCAGGUGGCUGGUGCUGGACACAGAGACCCGAGAUCUGGUGACCAUCCACACGGACGGAGGGGAGCCCAUUUCUGUGGUCAGCUUCUCCCCAGAUGGCAAAUACCUGGCUCUGGGCUCCCACGACAACUUCGUCUACAUCUACCUGGUUUCUGAGGGUGGCAGGAAGUACGGGCGCGUCGGCAAGUGUUCGGGUCACUCCAGUUUCAUCACUCAUCUGGACUGGGCGUUUGACAGCAGCUGUUUGGUCACCAAUUCUGGCGAUUACGAAAUCCUGUACUGGGACCCCUCCACCUGCCGCCAGAUCACCAGCGCCGAGGCCGUCCGCAACAUGGACUGGGCCACGGCCACCUGCGUCCUGGGCUUUGGGGUCUUUGGGAUCUGGCCCGAGGGUGCGGACGGCACCGACAUCAACGCCGUCUGCCGCUCCCACGACGGGAAGCUCCUAGCGUCUGCCGACGACUUUGGCAAAGUGCACUUGUUCUCCUACCCUUGCUGCCAGCCGCGGGCUCCCAGCCACACGUACCACGGCCACAGCAGCCAUGUCACCAACAUUGCCUUCCUCCACGACGACCGCCUGCUGCUCUCCACCGGUGGGACCGACACCAGCAUCCUCCAGUGGCGUCUCGUCUAGGGGGAGGGCAGGGCGGGGGGGGGCAA